AUGGCAAGGUCUUUGUCUAGCAUUCUUGUUAAAAGGAUUGCUGCCUUUCCAGCUGCUAAUUCGACUGCAUCUGGAUCUUUCUACCGGGGCAUGCUUCGUUUCUCGACAACUGUGCCUGAUGACCCCGAUACACAUGAAGAUUUUAGACCCUCCAAUAAAGUUCAAGAAUCUGCCUCCUCCUUGAAUGAAAUUGUUGAGAAGGAUGUGAAAGAAAACCCUGUGAUGAUAUACAUGAAAGGGGUGCCAGAACAUCCUCAAUGUGGUUUUAGUGCACUAGCAGUGAGGGUCUUGCAAGAAUAUAAUGUUCCUAUAAGUGCGAGAAAUAUACUAACAAACCUUGAGCUAAAGAAUGCUGUUAAAUCCUACAGCCUUUGGCCAACAUUCCCUCAAAUAUUUAUCAAAGGGGAGUUUGUGGGAGGAUCUGAUAUCAUUCUUAGCAUGCAUCAGACAGGUGAGUUGAAAGAGAAGCUGAAAGAUGUUGGCAAACAGCAAAAGUCGGACUCGGAGUAA